AUGAGGGACCACAAAUUGAUCUUGACAAAUCACAUCGAUUUGCACACACCUACAAUUAAACAUUCAUUCAACAUGCCAAUAGACUACUCUAAAUGGGAUAAGAUUGAGAUUUCUGAUGACUCGGAUGUUGAGGUACACCCAAACGUGGAUAAGAAAUCUUUUAUCAGAUGGAAGCAGAGGGAUAUUCAUGAGAAAAGGAUGCAACGGAAUAUAGAGAUCAAGUCAAUCCUCGUGCAAUUGACAAUGUACGCGAAAUUGAAUGAAAGGGUUGACUAUCUACUCGAACUGUUAAGUCCUGAACAGAUGUUAAAUAACGAAUUGGUCAUGUCAACGUUGAAUGCAAAGUUUGAUCCACAUGAGAAAUUUGAUUAUGAAAAGUUGAUUGCAUCCAAGGGUGACACAUUGAGAAAGGGAUUACAAGAUUUGAAAUUCGAUAAAGAGGAGAUCGAAAAUACACCUGCGUAUAAUGAAAUGAUUGAAGAUUUAUUUAUCCAAAUAAAAGAGGAUCACCCCGAUGCCAAAACCAAUGGAGACAAGUUGGUGAAUUACCUUAAGGAGCAUAGGGCAAAAAUCGACGAUGUGUUGAGUAAACAAACUGUCAAGUUGGAUGAUUUAUUGAAUCAGAAAGCGCAACUUAUCGUUAGUGAUGAUCUUCACACGGGUUUUGAUCGAUCGUUUUUGAAUAAGGACAAACCCGAGGAGAACGAUGAAAUAGGCAAAGUGAAAGCAAAGAUCGGUGAGAUCGAAAGUGAGAAAAAGGAAGCUAUCAAACCACCCACUACAAAACCUGUUGGCACUACAAAGGGAACGGUUGCUUCUCCUGCGGUUACUCAAGCAGAUGGGGAAGAAAUUGAAAAAGCAUUAUUGGAUUCCAUUGACCUUAUGCCUGAAACUGACAAAUUUGGUACAAUUGAUCCCAAGAACUUAUCCGAAUCCGCCGACUACUUGAUCAAGCAUACUAAAAUAUGCACAGAAUCGCAAAAAGAUGCUUUGAUUAUGUUGGCGUUCGAUGCGCAAUUGAAUGGAGACACCAACACUACCAAGCGUAUUGUUCACCAAUCAUUGCUUUUGCAGUAUGUUGCUCAAAUCAAGGGCAAUAGUACCUCUCGAGAGGACACAAUUCGGGCUAUCAAGUUGUUGUUUACAAAGUUUCAAAACGAAGAAAAAGUGAAACAAUUUUUCAACGACGAGUUUACAAAUACUGUCAAUCACAUUAUACAAAGAUGCAAAGUGAUUAAAGAAGAACAAGAAAACAAUGCGAACAACAAUGAAGAGGCACUAAUUCAAUUGAGGGCAUUAGAUGACAACACAACGUUGACUGUCAAUAUCCCUGAAGAAGGAACUAAGGAGUAUGAAAUUUUCAGUUCGAAAUUACCUGCUGAGUUCCAAACUGCAAUCAAAACCCAAAGUUUGGACGAAGUUAAUAAAGAAUUUGCCAAGUUGAAGGUGGAAGACGCGGAAAAGAUUUUGGAAAUAUUCAACGAAUGUGGCGUCAUUGGAAUCAAUGGCUACUUGGAAGAUGAAAAAGAGUUUGAGGAGUUGAAAAAAGAGUUCAAUGAAAAUGAACAUGAACAGGAACUACAUGACCUGGGAAUAGCAGAUUCUAGCAACAUCGUUGACUAA